ACAUACACAUGUCAACUCGCCGCUAGCUCAGUCAACAUCCCAAAAAGUGGCGAUAAACGCCACUGAUAAUGGUCCAGUUUAGUAGAAUCUGCUUUCGGAAGUACGGAAACUUUGUAGAUAACCUCCGUCUGUAUGUCCGUGGAGGCAGCGGAGGCAUGGGUCUGCCCCGUUUGGGGGGUCAGGGAGGAAACGGGGGAGAUGUUUGGGUGGUGGCUACCAAGAACACGACCUUAAAGAGGAUUAAGGACAAGUACCCUGAGAAGCGUUUUGUAGCUGGACCAGGAGCCAACAGCAGUGUCAGAGCGCUGAAAGGAGAGAAGGGGAAGGAUAAGGAGGUCCUGGCUCCAGUUGGUAUCACAGUCACCACUGAUGACGGCCAAAUACUUGGUGACCUGAAUACUGAGGGUGAUCGUGUGAUUGUGGCAAAAGGAGGAGCAGGCGGCUCCUUCCACUCUAUUUUUGAGCCCAAAAAGGGCCAGACCAGACACAUACGGCUGGACCUGAAACUCAUCGCUGACCUGGGUCUUGUUGGGUUCCCAAAUGCAGGAAAGUCCUCUCUCCUGACUGCCAUGUCUAAUGCCACACCUCAGAUUGCCAGCUACGCUUUCACAACUGUAAGACCUGAGAUCGGCAAACUUAUGUUUGAAGAUUACAAGCAGAUUUCUGUUGCUGACCUCCCCGGCUUGAUCGAGGGAGCGCACAUGAACAAAGGCAUGGGCCACAAAUUCCUAAAGCAUGUGGAGAGGACUAAGCAGCUUCUGUUUGUGGUCGAUGUUUGCGGUUUCCAGCUGGCAAGCACAACGCGGUUUAGGUCGGCCUUUGAAGCUGUUCAGCUGCUCACCAAAGAGUUGGAGUUGUACAAAGAGGAGCUGCUCUCAAAGCCAGCUCUACUUGUUGUGAAUAAGAUGGACCUGCCUGACGCUGAAUACAAACUAGCAGAGCUGAAGGAACAACUACAAAACCCAGAUGAGUUCUCUGAUAUUUUGCCUGAGGAUAUGAUACCUAAGAACUACAUGAACUUCAGACAUGUGGUCCCUGUUUCUGCCUCCACUGGGUCGGGUGUCGAACAUUUGAAAAGGUGCAUUCGGGAAUCGCUUGAUGAAGGUGCAGCAAUGGAGAAUAAAGCCACCCAUCAAGACAGACUGCAGGCACUGAGGUUACAGUCAAAAGAGCAUUUGUGAUGAACAGAUAACGUCAUGCAUUUCAGCGGAACCUACAGUGUACAAUGACGGAUGAGCUGUCUGCCAAACAAAGAUAUAUUUGAACAUAAAUGGCAGGUAAACAGCAUCCACCUGUGACAACAGAAACUGUGCUGCUUAGUGCAGAACUGUCCACGGAAGCGAUGGCGGAUGACGGUUU